AUGAGCAGUCACGCAGACAACUACGGGUUGCCCGCAGCUUUCACCACAAUCGCGCUAUUCGGCGCUAGCGGGCAGAUCGGUGAGCGUAUCCUCCAUGCGUUGAUCUCAAAUAAGCGGAAAGACUUCAAGGUUAUUGCCUUUGUGCCACCUGGAUCUGAAUCGCAAGUUUCAAAAUCGGUCAUUAUCAAGACUUUCGAUCUUAAGAAGGUGACACAAGAGCAGCUUACGCAAGACCUGAAGGGUGUCGAUGCAGUGGUCUCCGCGCUGAACGGUCCGGCCCUUGAAGCCCAGGCGAUCAUCCAAGAUGCAGCCGCCGAUGCGGGUGUGCAGCGGUUCUACCCAAGCGAGUAUGGCUUCCAUCAAAUCUACCGCAAGCCAAACGAUCCCAUGGGUUACAUUCAUCCAGCAUGGAACAUGAAGGCAUUAGCCAACGAGCGUGCCGUCACUCAUCCUGCUGUUCGAUUGGGCAAGAUGAGCUUCACCAUGAUUGGCUGUGGCGACUUCUACAACCAAGAUCGUGAGAAGGUGUGGUGUCCAUGGACACAGUCUCCACGCUCAGUCGAUAGGUAUACGAUCCAUGUAAUCGGCGAUCCAGAUGCAGAAGCGGACUACACCCACCUUGAUGACUUUGCGAACUUCCUCGUUGCCACUCUCCUCGAACCAGCGAAGAGCCACAACCAAUUCCUGAAUAUUGUCAGCGACACCACCUCGCAUACUCAAAUUGCCAAGCUGCUUGAAAAGUACACAAGCAAGAAGGUGGAGAUGGAUGUGCUUGGUGAAGAGAAGAUGCACGAGAUCUGGGACGAUCCAAGCAAGGCACCCAAAAAACACACAGAAAGCGCGUUCCCUGUGGACUUCUGGUACCUAGUCAAAGGCAUCCAAGGCAAAGGAGAGUUCGUCAGACCCAAGAGCCAGAUCCAUAACGAGCUGUUUUCUGACCUGACGUACACCCCGUUCGAGGGAUAUUUCAAAGCCAGGUUUGGCAGUGCGGAGAAGCUAUAA